AUGGCUGAAGGUAGCAAUGGUAAGGCCAACGUGUUGAUUGGCACAAUUGAACCGUAUGUGGUUGGUACUUCGUUCACCAAUUAUUCUGAACGGUUGGAAUAUUUGUUCCAAGUGAACGGGAUUGACGAUCCGGUGAAACAGAAAGCGCUCUUUGUCACGUUGAGUGGACCGGCAGUUUACGAGGAGCUUAAACUGUUGUAUCCUUCAAAGGAUGACCUUAAAAAUGUUGGUUACGGUGAUAUUUCACAAAAGUUGCGUGAGCGUUUUGACAAGGUCGAUUCAGACUUGAUUCAGCGCUAUAAAUUUUAUAACCGUGUGCAAGGACCAAACGAGAAGGCAGAGGAUUUCGUGCUAGCUGUAAAAUUACAGGCCGAAUUCUGCGCGUUUGGCGAAUUUCGCGAAACUGCCAUCCGAGAUAAACUUGUGAUGGGAGUUUUCGAUAAAUCUUUGCAGGAAAAGCUACUGAAUGAGGAAAAUCCUAGUUUGGCAACGGUUGAAAGAUUUAUUGUGAACUGGGAGUUGGCUGGGUCACGGGCUCGAAUGAUCGGCGAUCGACAAGGCCAAGUAGCUUCGGUAAAGCAACGUUUGGGUCGAAAAGAAACGUUCGACAGAAAGGUCAGCCGUGACAAGAGCAGGAGUCGUAGUCGCAGUGCUGUUUAUAAACGGCAAGGGCGAAGUAGGAGUGGUGAGUUUCGACGAGCUGGACGGUAUGCGGAUAAAAAGUGCGAUUUUUGCGGAAUUAAGGGUCACAUCAAGCGCACUUGUUUCAAGCGCAUGCGACAGGAGCGGAAUUCGGUAAAGUUUGUUGGUGAUGACAAGAAAAAAGAUUUGAGUUUUGGCGAUGAGAAAAUCGGCGAACUUUUCAACCGUUUGCGAGCUGAUUUGGACAAUCCUGAGAGCGAUAGCGAUUCAGCUGAGAAUUUUUUGCUGGAAAUAAAGCAAAAGUAUUCUCAAGUAUUUUCAAAGGAUCUUACCUCGCCAAUCAUUGGUUUUGAGGCGGAUCUUGUGUUGAAGGACAAUACUCCUAUUUUUAAACGAGCGUAUGAAGUUCCAUUCAGACUUAGGGAGAAAGUUAUUGAGUAUUUAGGAAAAUUGGAGAAGGAAAAUGUUAUUACUCCUAUUAAAACAAGUGAGUGGGCUUCUCCAGUCGUCGUUGUUCCUAAAAAGGAUGGUGAGAUUAGCUAUCCUUUACCUUUAGCGCAGGAUAUUUUCGCAGAUUUAGCGGGUUGUAAAGUUUUCUGUGCCCUUGAUUUGGAAGGAGCGUAUACUCAACUUAUGCUGUCAGAAAAAUCCAGGAAGUUUGUGGUUAUCAACACGAUCAAGGGACUUUACACUUACAACAGGUUGCCUCAAGGAGCUUCAUCGAGUGCGGCGAUUUUUCAACAGGUGAUGGACCAGGUGCUGGCUGGAUUGAAACAUAUACGCUGCUAUUUGGAUGAUGUACUCAUAGCUGGAAAGGAUUUAGACGACUGUCGUAAGAAAGUUUCUGCCGUUUUAGAUAGGUUAGCUCAGGCAAACAUUAAGGUGAAUUGGAGUAAAUAUUGUGAUUGGAAACGUUCGGCUCACAGCUCAUCGAAACCAGCUAAAGGUGCCAAGUAA